GCAGAGAGCUGGAGAGACUGGAGGGGAGGCUGAUGGAUGAGUAUAGAGUGAAGCACAGAAAAGAGGGAGUGGUGCAGAAAGGCGGGAGCUGCCGGUGUCUGUGUUUUGUGAUGGGGAGGGGAUAGUCAGAAAUUCAAGAGUCUGCUUAAGGAAGAUAGCUGUGCCCUGGUGAGACAUCCAAAGAUCCAGUGGAAAGACAGAAGAAACCCGUGAGGAAAAGGGCAGCGAAGGAAGCAAGAGAUUGAACAACAGGCUGACGGGGAAUAAAACGGAAGACCAUUACUCUGCAUUGUUUGAACGGGCUGGUUUCCACAGUGACAACAUGGGUGCAGUGGUGGGCACUUUGACCAUGCAAACCAAACAGCGAAGACCAUCAAGAGAUAAAACAGAGGAUGAGCUGGAGAUGACCACGGUGUGCCACAGACCAGAAGGUCUGGAUCAACUGGAGGCUCAAACCAACUUCACCAAACAGGAACUGCAGAUCCUCUAUCGAGGCUUUAAGAAUGAAUGUCCCAGUGGUGUCGUAAACGAAGAGACCUUCAAACAUAUUUAUGCACAGUUCUUCCCGCAUGGAGGUAGAUUUUAUUUUUUGUGCAAUUUUUUACUCAAUGAUUUGUUUGUUAACAGACUGAUUGCUGUUGUUGCAGAUGCGAGCACGUAUGCACACUAUCUCUUCAAUGCAUUUGACACUACAAACAAUGGCUCCAUCAAGUUUAAGGACUUUGUGAUGGGUUUGUCAACUCUGCUGAGAGGCACACUGAGGGAGAAGCUGGAGUGGACAUUUCAUCUUUAUGACAUCAACAGAGAUGGAUACAUAAACAGAGAGGAAAUGACAGAGAUUGUGAGGGCCAUUUACGACAUGAUGGGCAAAUACACCUACCCAGCAAUAAAGGGAGACGUCCCACAGCAGCACGUGGAUGCCUUUUUUCAGAAAAUGGAUAAAAAUAAAGAUGGAGUGGUGACUUUGGAGGAGUUUGUUGUAGCCUGUCAGGAGGAUGAAACCAUGAUGAGAUCCAUGCAGCUGUUUGAAAACGUGAUGUAGGACGAGUGGAAAUGAAGGUGACAUGGACAUGUAAAAUAGGAGGGCUCUUUGUGAGUGCAUGUGUGUGGGUGCAUCCGUGCUGUACCUCCUCUUCCUCCUCUACCCAUCCCAUCCCACUGAGAUCUGGAUCAACCCGGAAUCUCCCGCGAUGACUCAGAUGGGGGGACCAGAGAGGAAAGCUUUUAGCCUUCCUGUCAGGGUUUGACGCACAGUGAGAGAGUCAUGUGACAGCCUUGGACUUUUUAACGCUUUUAGCCCUGUCACGAUAGACAUAUAAACUAAGAAAGCCCUGCAUUACAAGGCUCCUCCUGACCUUUUAAAAAAGCCAUGACUUUCAGGAACUGAACUAUUUAUUUUUUUGAAUCCUUCUUUAUCCAACUGUAAUUGCAUGUGUUUGAAAGUCUUUUUCAAUUCAAACAUUUGCUAGAAGUGUUUUGGGUGUUCUGUUUCAUGCAUCUAAUAUAUUGACAGAUUUUAUUGUCAUGUGCUGGAUUUAUUGAUGCAGUGACCCCUGUGAUUUGGCUGCCUAUUUCUUUUAAGUCUGUCUGAAAACAAUAUCAUUUUCUAGGUGUCUUUUUUGUUUGUUUUUUUAAAACCAGACUGGAGCUCAACUUUUAAAGCAGAAAAAUAUUUUUUUUCAUGCUUCUUUUAGGCAAAUGUGUGCGCUUUCAAAGCGAUAACAUCUGCAUUCAUUUUGGUCAGUCAAAAAUGAUGAAUCAUAUUAAAAUAAACUGGUACCAGUUAUUGAAUGAUGUAAGUUGAUGUAAAUGAGGAAAGCCCAACAAACUACAACAAUUGUGUCACUCACCAAAGCCUUCUCUGCAGUUUUGGUGGUUUUCUGCAAGUGUGUUCUAAAGCUCCACCAUCAACAAAAACUCACCAGGAUUAAGUGACUGCAUCGCUAAAAUAUUAAACAUUGUUCUUUUUGCAGACAGUGGAGCAGUUUUUUGGCUGUGUGGUUCAUCUGCUAAAGAUUUAGUUUGAAUCUGAAGUGUUGUAUCCCUUAAAGAAAACAAAAUCAUAAGAAUAAAUGUAUACGGUUUUGUUUUUUUUUAAAGUUCAGGUUUUUUAUUCUUUUUUUGUAAGAGUCGUACAAAAGUUUUUUCUGGAAUGUUUCAUGGGUUUCCCCUAUAACUGCAUUGCUGAAAAGACUGCAGUCUUCUGAAAAAAAAACAAAAAAAACAACACUUGACGAAUGAAUUAUGUAUGUACAGUAGCUACAGGGGCAUGGAUGCCAUGCACCAAAGUCCUAAAAGAUUUUCAUUCAUACAAUCACAUAUGAGCAGCAGACUGUAUUAUGCAGCAGCUCCUGCUUGUUGUAAGUCUCAAAAUGUCUGAAGGGGAGAUUACUGCAGGUCUUUUCUCGCUGCUGAUGUCAGACUUUACAAUCACUAUGAAGAACUGCAUGGUUGCACUCAUAGUGCAAUUAAACCUAAAACUGU